AUGGCGGAUUUGUUUUAGAAAUAGAUAAAAUACUCUACAAUCCUUAAAAUUAAACCAUGNUGUAGAGAUAAAAAUUGUAAUGACAUACUUCCAGUAUCCAACCUCUAUUGUUCAGAAGUGACUACAUGUGUUUAUGAUGCAACUUAAUAAAAAUGUAUCAUCAAGAAUUACUCUUGUAGUUAGUAUAAUGAUUAGAAUGCCUGCAAUUAAGGAGCAUCAAAUUAGAAAAUCUGUUAUUGGGCUAAUAGUAAGUGUUUAGAAGUUACGGGAUGCUAAGUCAUAACUGAGUAGGCAAAGUGUUUAUCACUUAGAGGAUGUAGCUAUAUCACUUAAAAUGGUACUUCUAGCUGUGUUCCCUAAGAUUGCUAGAGUAUCUAUUAGCAGACAAAUUCUUGCAAGUUUAUCUAAAUAUUUAAUUCAGAUUAAACGAAUACUUGCAUGAUAUAGAAUGGAUAAUGCAAUUUAGUUGAUCCAUCUAAUUUAAUGUAGGAUACCUGUCUGAUUAAUUCAAAUUACAAAUAUACAUGGAGUACUGAUAAUUCCAAAUGUGUUCUUUGUUAUGAGAAAUCUGCUCCCCCCAACAACACCACCUGUAAUAAAGAUAGUUCCCCCAGCGACAUCACCUGCAAUGGUACAGAUGAUUCAGCUUAAAAGAUCAGCAUAGUCUUAAUUUUGUUGUCUAUGAUGGCAGGAUGA